AUGACUGUAAAGACGGUUUCCUGUCGGGGAUCGAACAUGAUAAGGAUGAACUUUGUUCAACCUAACAGAAGACUUGUUUUGGCCGCUGCAUUGACAGCUACACUAGCUGAGUUAAUCGGUGGUCGCCAAGCUUUUAUGGCUAAUGCCAUGGAAAAUGGUGAUUUGCAUAAUAAGAAUAUCGAUUACAAAGCAGAAAAGGAGGAACGAGUUCUAAGACGUAUAAACAACUUAAAGAAUACAAGACCAAUGACUCCUAAUUACGAAGGUCAUAUUCCCCUAUACACUACUGAAAAGGCACUAUUAUUCGCAAUAAGUGGGUUGAGGUCAUUUUUCCAUCCAGAAAAUGGUUUGAAUAUUGUUCAACUUGGUGAAGCUACCGCAUGGCCUAUUUUCUUAGAGAGCAUGAAACGUACAAUGUUAUCUGAUCCUACUGGCCGGAGAAUUCUGAGAGAUAGACCAAAUGUGACCACUCAACAGUUAGAUAUGGAUCAUCUAGCUGAAUAUCCAAAGGGUUCCUUUGGAUACCAAUUCUAUACGUGGUGUAAACGUGAAAACGUUUCCCCUGAUACAAGAGCUCCCGUAAGUUACAUAGAUGAUCCACUACAUGCCUAUAUUUUCAAAAGAUACAGACAAUGCCAUGAUUUUUACCAUGCAUUGAAUGAUAUGCCCAUUGUCAUUGAGGGUGAAAUCACAGUAAAGGCUCUGGAGGCCGCUAAUAUGGGUGUUCCUAUGGCUACUUUGGGAGCUGUGCUUGCCCCUUUGAGAUUAAAACCAAUUCAGAGGGAAAGAUUAUAUCAGACCUAUUUGCCAUGGGCUGUCAGGACGGGGUUAACAUGCAAACCAUUAAUCAAUGUGUAUUGGGAAGAGGUGUUGUCGAUGGAUUGCAAUGAAUUAAGAAAAGAAUUAGGUAUUGCGUUACCUCCUGAUUUGAGAAACAUGAGAGCCGAACGUAAAGCAAAGAUACAUGACUUGAAUUUAAAAUAUAAGAAAUUGAAGGAAGAGAGUCAUGAUUUAUGA